AUGCAUAGGACUGAGAACAUGAAAUUCAACGAGCAAUCAGAUUAUGACUAUUCCGAAGGUGAAACAUCCGAAGAUAUGAAAUUACAAGGAAAUUCUCUUCUGAAUGCCAAAUCUUCAUCGUUAUUUAGCUCACAAAACGGAUUACGACAACCAAUUGAGAAACAACUCGAAAUGAUUGAUCCAUAUUUUGGUGGUAAUAAUCUUCAAAAUGUUUUUACUUUUAUUAAUUCAUUAGAUAAAAUCGCAACUUUACGAAAAGAAAAGGAAUUAAUAGACCCUGAUCCAGAUCCAAUUGAAUGCGUUAUAUUUAGCAUGACUCGUCCUAUACAAUAUAAGCUUCUACAAUCAGACUACAUAAAUUCACGUCCUCCUAUUUUCGCUUGGUCUCUUUCAACAUCAUCUAUCGAUCCUAAAUCAUUAUACUCAGUUUAUAAGUCUGCAUAUCAAAAUUUAAGAAAUCAAAUCAGAUUUGCCGCAAAUUGCCCUCCUUCAUCAGAAAAACUCGCGCAAAUAUCUCAAAUUAGGCGUGAUAUACCAACAGGCAGAAUUAUCUUUCAAUAUGUCGGAUUUGGAUAUCCAACAAUAACUGCUGAACAUAUUUACGCAUCAGAUCCAUUAACAUUUCAACCAUCGCCUGUUACACUUAAAACGAUCUUUUCUGGCUUAAAACCUCCAUCAUGGUACAUUUUUGAUUGCGAUAAUGCAGCGGCAGUUCUUCCAACCUUCCAGAAAAUAUCGAAGAAGAAUCAAGAAAAAUACAUGUCGGUACCAACAUCGCCAAUUGUACAGACAACAGCUUAUAUUCGACAAGUUGACUGGACAGAUUACUACUGCAUGUGUGCAACUGAUGUAGGCGAAGAGCUUCCCAUUGAUACUCGCCUUCCCCGCGAUCUUUUUUCAUCAAUUCUCAUGUCACCAGUACCAACUGCAAUUUUAUUUCAUAUUAUUCACUACUACAGCCUCUCUUUUCCAAAUCCAGAUGAAUUACUAUCAUAUAUUAAGAAUAUAUUUACAUUUGAAUCACAUGACCAUGCACAAUUGUCUUCAAUUUUGUCUGCCACCAUUGAUGCAAUAGCUGCACAGACAUUACCACCAAAUAUGUUCACCAAAUUAUUCAGAAAAGAAAAAAUCACCUCUCUUUUCUUCAGAAACUUCGUUCUUGCCCGAUAUUUAUUACAUGAUUUCAAUGUCCACCCGCAAAUCCAUCCACAGCUUCCUGUCAUGAACCGCAAUCCAAUGUGGAAGCAAUGGACAUCAGCCGCAGACCUCUGGAUCACUUCUACACAGACUCCACGUCCUCCUCUUUCAACAGAUUUCUUUUCCAGCUGUUUGACAUCGCUCCAAAGUCUUCUUAAGAGCAACAGAGAGGACGAAGCAACACUUCCUCUGUUGACAGUUGCUUGCCACGCCCCAUUUUCCGAUCAAUCAUGUUCUCAUGCGUUCAGUUUGCUUGCUAAAUACGCUUCAUGUGGUACAGAGUACGCUUCUCGAUUAGUUACACCAUUUUUGUACGGACAAAGUGCUCAGAGACUGACAGAAUUCGGUCCAGAAGCCCAUCACAUUGUAUUUUUGUUACUUUUACUAGCAAACGAAGAUUCCAAGUUAGUCACAGAAAUUUCACCAUUAAGUGACUUUUCCAAACUGACAAGUAACUUAUUUAAUGAUGAAAUCAAAGAAGAAACAAGAGGGUUGAUCUGCGCUUUCUUAGUUAUCUCUUUAGACAGAGUUAAAAGUGUCAGACAAAUCAUUUGCACGAAACCAUUCAUGACCAAUUUAUUCAACGCGAUGAAGAAGAGUGGUCCAUUCUUAUUGACAUGGUUAUUGAUUCUCAUUGCUGUUUCUUUCGCUGAUUCUCCAAUUGAGUCUUCUUUGAUACAAGACUUUCCUUUGCAGUUACAAAUCGCAGCUGCUUUGCAUCACGAUGCUUACGAAGUUAGAGCAUCAAGUGUUUUGGCUUUGUCAUCUUUCUUGCAACAGAAUGAUGAAUUCACUAAUUCUGUUUUGUUGCUACAUGUAAGUACAACAAUCAGCGAUCUUUCCAUGCAUGUAAGAUUCGCUUUGUUGGAGUUUGUCUACAAAUAUUUGGAGUUUAAUCAUAAAUCUAUUGUAAGAUUUUAUGAUCAACAAUUAUGUAGCACCAAAUUUGAUACAUACAAGAAUUUGAUUUCAUCUUUCUUGUCAAAGAACAAAACAAUUUUGCCAAUCCAUAAAUUCACUAUUUUGGCAAAAGAAAUCGAUGAAAUUGCAAAAUCAGAUGACUUCCAAAAGAUCGCAAGCAAUUUGUUGGUUGUUAUCAUCCAGAAACUAUCAAAAGACGCCUUACCAAAGAUCUCUCAAAGAGGACAGAUUCUUUACCAAAACACUUUGAAGAUGCUUGAUGGAAAACAAGAUUACGAAGAUGAAGAAAAUGAAGAAGACAUUCCACAGAUAUCAAGCCAUUUGAUGCAAGUUUGUACAUCAGCAUUGUUCACAGAACCAAGAAAUAGAAGUGGUUCUUUCACGAGAACAAGAAGAUACACGAGAGAUUACGGCAAUUUCGAUUUAAAUUCAGCACAUUUACAGUUAAGAGCUGAAUGUAAUUUACCUUCUCCUGCAAGAUGUUCUACUGUUGUUCCUGGUGGUUUAUCUAUUGCUGUUUCUUGCCAAGACGAAGUGUUCAGAAUAUAUGAUGAAACACUUCAAUCUCAUAGAGAUUUCAAUGUUGGAAAUGUUGUGAGUUGCUGUGCAAUUUUCAUCAGAUCUUCAACAAAUGUUGCAACAUUAUCUGAUGAAGGAGUUUGCUCAAUCAUUGAUGCACACAGUGGAAUAAUUACUCAGCAAUGGUGUGUUGAACCAUCAAGAGCUAAAGACACCGGAUUUAUUCACAGCAAAGGAAAGUAUCUUUUCAUUGUCAGAGGCAAUGGAAGAAUCUCUGCAUGGGAUGCAUCAAUUGGUUUGUUGCUUGGAGAGUAUUCUUUCAUGGAUUGCAAGGCAAAGGUUUCUGCAAUGUAUUCGCAUGCAACUUUGGAAGGAUUAGUAAUUGUUGGAUUCGAAAACGGAAGUGUCAGAGCAUUUGAUACAAAACAAGGUGUUGAGAAGCAGUUGCAAAUGAAUUUGGACAGUAAAAUUGUUUCAAUCACUGGAUCUAAUUCAGGAUUGAUUUACUGCGCAUGCGAAAACGGAAGAACAUUGGUGUAUGACGCAAAAACAAAUGUAAUGAAUACUUGCGGAAAUAAAUAUACACCAGGAAUUGCACAGUUUUCUGUCCACAAAAAAGAUCCUUUCUUCGUUUUGUCUCCACCAAAUUUGAGACCUUUCGUUUGCAGAGAUGAUUUGUCUGUAACACAUGAACUGCAAUCACCUGUAGAACCAGGAAGUACUUUCGUGAUGAGUGAAGAAUACCCUGUUGUCUUUUUCUUCGGACACUCUGGAGAUGUUCAUAGUUAUAACCUUAUACAGUAA